AUGGCAGAACCGACAGCACCCACGACGCAGCUCUCAAGCAUCACAUUCACAUGGAAAGACGACCCGUCAGCAGGAGCCAUACCGGCGCACGUCUACUAUCCCGACGCGGCACAUGGCAAAGGCUCUCAUCCCAUAGCGCUCAUCUUCCACGUUGGAGGCUUCGUCCUAGGAUCAGCAGACUUGACGCCAAAAAACCAAAUCGCUCACUUAGUUGCACGCGGCUUUGUGGUAGUAACACCCGAGUAUCGCCUAUGCCCCCAGGUCUCGCUCCUCGACGGGCCAGUCCAAGAUGCGAAGGACGUCUUGCGAUGGUGUCAAGAGGAGCUUCCGGCCUUACUCCAGGAGGCCAAGAGUAUCCAAGUCGACGAGACGAGAAUCGUAGCAAUGGGCCACUCUGCAGGCGGCCUCCUCGCUCUCACCACGGGACUAUGUUCCAAGCCUCCACGCGCAAUCGUCGACUUCUACGGUUGCAAAAUCCUCGAUGACCCUAGUUGGACCAGGCCGUUGCCCAAGUUUGCCCAGGUGCCGGAUCAGCCUCCUGAGUUCAUCUCGAAGAUAUAUGACGGCCCCCCAGCUAUCACGUCGCUGCCAAUGUUCACUGACGGAAAGCCCACGCUUUCUGAUCCAAGGUGUGCGUGGUAUAUCCAGCAGGUCAAGAAUGGGACAUCCAUCUCUUCGAUCGUUCCAGAGGGUGACUACGAGCGCGUGGACGCGACGAAGCAGUUCAAGCAGGGAUUUCCGCCGACGUACUUUCUGCACGGUAGAUCAGAUGUUUUUGUGAGCUACGAACUGACUGUGCGUGCGCAUGAAGCGCUCAAGGAGGUGGGCGUUGAGACGGAGUUGGUUAUCGGCGAGGAAAUUGGACAUGCGUUUGACCUUCAGAUCCAGGCCACUGAUCCGCUUUUUGAAAAGUAUGUUGUACCUGCACUGGAAUUCUUGGAGAGGCAUGUUUGA